ACCAAAUAAAAAAAAAAAAGUUCCAUAGACAAUAAAAAAGAUGUCCCGCCUCAGUGACAACAGUUCUUCAGACCGUAGUUUAGACAGGUUGAACGAAGUUAAAGCUUUCAUUGAAGCUAAUAAGCGAAGCAAUGAAAAGAUAGAAGACCACCACGUGGAUGCUGAAAGAAGCCUGGCGAAACUGAAUGAACUGGUCUUCGAAGAUGCGUUUGAAGUAACAGGUCACGGGCGGUUCAACCACCUAGUCCUACUGACCUGCGGACUCAUCAUGCUCAACGUGUCGAUGGAGUCUGUGGGAAUGAGCUAUGUUGUCCCCGCUGCUGAAUGUGAACUGGAGCUCACCAGCGAGCACAAGGGUCUGGUCAAUGCUGCUGCAUUCAUAGGUAUCAUAAGUACUUCGUUUCUCUGGGGCUACCUGGGUGACCGAUUUGGUCGGCGUGCAGUAAUGUUACCCGCCAUGGUUGCAUCGGCUGGAUUCUCCAUAGCAUCAUCCUUUUCCACUAACGUCUGGAUGCUGUUGAUCCUUAGGUUCUUCACAGGUUGCCUUGUUUCUGCAUCAAGUGCAACGGUUUACGCUUAUCUGGGGGAGAUGCAUACAAGCUCAAGACGCGCUGCAGCUAUAGCUUGGGGCUCAGCUUUUAUCUCUUUCUCCUUUAUGAUCUUACCAGGUCUAGCAUGGCUGAUAAUCCCUGGCACCUGGUCCUUUCCGCUGCUCGGAUUCAAGAUGGUUCCGUGGAGGGUGUUCAUAUGGUCAUGGUGCGCGCCAGGACUGGUGUCCGCUGGCGCAUUGCUAUGGUUACCAGAGAGUCCCAGAUACCUGCUAUCGUCUUGCGGUGCGGAGAAAGCUUUGCCAGUGCUGGCUAAGAUGUACGCGUACAACCACAACACUAGGGAGUCCAACUAUCCAGUGGAAAGGAUAAUUACUAGCAACAUAGAGGCAUCCAAGACCGGAGGGUUUGUAGGCGCUGUGAGGAAUAUAACGCUGAUGUUCCGACCGCCAUUGUUACGCUGUGUCGUGAUAUCGCAUACACUGAUGUUUGCUGUGUUCAUGCUAUCAAGUGGCCUGUAUGUCUGGGUGCCUGACAUCCUCAACAGCAUGCUGCGCAGUACGAGUGAAGAGAGCAUCACGAUCUGUCAGAUCAUUCACGACAAGUUUGACAGGGAAAGGAACUUAACCUUGAUGGCGCCGGAGCACGCAUGCCACUCGGAAGUGGCUGUGCGGGUGUUCCCCAUCUCAAUGGGCAUGGGGGCGGUCUUCGCCGUCGUCUACCUCGCCAUCGGCGUCUUCAUCGGAAGGAUUGGCAGGAAGACUCUUUAUUCUAGUAUAAUGGUGGUAUGCGGAGCGGCAACUGUCGGAGCCGCCUUCGUGCCACAAGGAGGUGCUGCCACGGCGCUGCUAAUCCUGGCUCUCUGCUCAGGAUGCGCUGCCUCCAUCCUCGCAGCCAUCGCCGUGGACGUGUUCCCAACUUGUCUAAGAGCUAUGGCCAUGUGCGUUAUGUACAUGGUAGGGCGGGCGGGUGCGGCGGUGGGCGCAUACUUACUGGGCAGCACCCUUGACGUGCAUUGCCAGCUGGCUUUCUCCGUGUUCGGCGCUUUCACUGCAGGAUCAACGGUGCUCAUAAUAUUUUGGCCCAAACCCGAAGAAGUAAGAGAAGAAAUGGAGCAAAGAGGGUUAACGUAUUGAUAAAAUAUAAUACCUAAGAGUAAUCUCGAAAUUUUUAUACUUGAACGCCCAAAUUCAAUAAUAAAUCUAAUCCAAAAGCUUAAGAUUGCAAAUUGAAUUUAGUUGUGCUAUACCUAUCUAUCCUUAACUGC